GACACUAUACUUCUUUGAUUGGUUUUUCAGGGUGGCAACUGUAUUUCACUAUAUUCCUGAGCUUAUGCUGAAUCACUGCUUUAUUUGCAAUGAAUGGGGCCUUUCCAUCCAACACUUGCGGCAAUAUAUCAGCAUGGAGCUCGGCAAGUAAAGGUUGUACAAUACCAUGCACAGUAACUUAGUGUUAGAAUCCACUUCCUUUUUUCGACUAAAUACAAACUUUGUUGGUUAUAAAGCCAGUGGGGAUUUGGUAUCCUGUAAUAUAAUUUAUCAAAUCGUAAUGUUAGUGGUUCAUUCUUCUUGCCUUGAGAGUAACAUUGAGAUAAAGGUCAGGAUAAUAUUUAUCUAUCCUUGAUGAGAGGAUAAAUUGAGAUACAGUCAUGUGGAUUGGAGCAGGGUUGGAGAAGGAAGAUAAUAAAAGGGAGAAAAAGAGUAAAAGAAAAGCAUUCAGAAAGUUUUCAGUAAAGAAUCAACAGCAUGUGUAUCUCAGCGGUGAGUGUGGUGCUGUUACUUUUCAUUUUGUGGAUGCUUGUGGUCCAGCUCUGUAGACAGGCUGACAGGCAAAGUGCUGGAGAUGCCAAAGCAAGCAAGCAACCAGAAGCGGCUGUACCCAGACUCCUGCAUUCCCUCUCUAAGUGCUUCUGUGGCACUCCUUCUCCCUCUCUUUCUGGUCCUCCCUCUCUCCCUUUGCUGGGCAACAUGCUGGAUCUUGCCCAAGAACAUCUACCCAUCCACCUGACUUCACUGGCACUUCGCUAUGGAAAUAUCUAUCGGCUCAACUGUGGGAACACAACCAUGGUGAUUUUAAAUAAUAGUGAGAUCAUCCGCGAGGCUCUGGUUAAAAAAUGGUCUGACUUUGCUGGGAGGCCUCAUUCAUAUACCGGUGAUAUAGUAUCAAGCGGAGGGCGAACCAUUUCUCUGGGUGAUUUCAAUGAGGAAUGGAAGGCUCAAAGGCGUGUGGCCCAUAGUGCUCUGCAACACUGCACAACGGAUUCCCUGCACUCGGUCAUAGAAAAGCAAGCACACCAUCUCUGCCAGGUGUUGCGGGACUACAAUGGAAAAGCAGUGGAUUUAUCCGAAGAUUUCACUGUGGCUGCGAGUAAUGUCAUCACAACACUAACCUUUGGCAAAAGUCAUGAUAAGUUUUCAGUAGAUCUGCAGAAGCUGCAGGUCUGUCUGAAUGAGAUUGUGUCUCUCUGGGGUUCACCUUGGAUCUCAGCGCUGGACUCCUUCCCACUGCUCAGGAAAUUACCCAACCCUCCAUUCUCUCGCCUCAUGAAGGAGGUAGCCAGACGCGAUGAGCUGAUAGGGAAACACAUUGAGGAGUUUAAGAAAAGUGACUGUAAAGAAGGUGGCACAGUGACUUCCUCACUUCUGCAGAGCUUGAAAUCACCACAAGGGGGAGCCAAUCAGAUAACUCUGACAGACACUCAUGUGCACAUGACCACAGUGGAUCUGCUGAUUGGAGGGACAGAAACUACUGCUGCCUUGCUCAACUGGACUGUGGCCUUCCUUUUACACAGACCUGAGGUUCAGAAUAAAGUGUACGAGGAGCUGUGUGGUGUGUUGGAUGUGCGGUACCCUCAGUACAGUGACCGACACAGACUGCCAUAUCUGUGCGCUCUGAUCAACGAGAUGUUAAGACUUCGACCUGUAGCUCCCCUCGCCGUGCCUCACAGAGCCAUACGAAACAGCAGUAUUGCAGGCCAUUUCAUCCCCAAGAAUACAAUAAUCAUUCCUAAUCUGUAUGGUGCCCACCAUGAUCCAGAGGUCUGGGAUGAUCCAUACAGCUUCAAACCAGAACGCUUUUUGGAAGGUGGUGGCGGGUCCCUUCGUGCCCUGAUUCCUUUUGGAGGAGGGGCCCGACUGUGUCUGGGAGAGGCAGUAGCCAAAAUGGAGAUGUUUCUUUUCACAGCUUAUCUGCUGCGAGACUUUCAGUUCCUACCUGCCAGUAAAGAGGAGCCUCUGCCUGACCUGCGAGGUGUUGCCAGUGUGGUUCUUAAAGUCAAACCAUACACAGUUAUAGCACACCCAAGAGAACAGUAACUGAUAUGAAUAGAGUGCCACAGGAAUGAGUCCUAAAACCCAUUACAAACUGUCAUUUUUGAACUUCCUGCUCCAUUAUCCCAAAUUAAAUGUUUUUAUUAAUAUAGGUUUUUGGUUAAAUGCCUGAAAUAAGGUCUGUGGUUAACACAAGCUCAAGAUAUUUUCACAUUUUAUUCUACAACACAAAGUACAUUAGUAAUACCCUACUCAUGAUUUUAAGCUUUUAUGUGUCUUGUAAAAGGUGGUUGCUAACAAGUGGCUAAAUGGGACUACAGAGGUUGUCAGGGACAUUAAACGACAUCACGCUGAACUAGAAAACUCAUCAAAUCUCUUGUCCACUUUUAAAGCCUUGUUGCAUUUAUUGCAUGACAAUUUUAACUCAAACUUUCCAACUUGUAGAUAUUAAUGGGAUACUCCACCCCAAAAUGAAAAUUUUGUCAUUAAUCACUUACCCCCAUGUUGUUCCAAACCCAUAAAAGCU